GUACGUUAAACCGGGUGAUCAGAUCUCUGAAUUCGACAAAAUUUGUGAUGUACAAUCGGACAAAGCUUCCGUCGAAAUCACAUCACGCUACACCGGAACCAUAAAGAAGUUGCAUUAUGAGGUUGGGGAAAUGGCAAAAGUGGGAAGACCAAUAGUUGACGUCGAAGUUGAAGUUGAAGAAGACGAGAUGCAGCCCACCGAAGUAGCGAACAUAGAGGAUAUCGCUUCCCCCGUAAUAUCGCAAAUACAAGAUUUCAAAAGCCCUGAGCAUAAUUCAACUGACAAAAAGACUUCUUCCUUAGCUACACCCGCCGUUAGGCGCAUUGCGCGUGAGCAUAAUCUUGAUAUUAAAAGUGUCAAGGGAACCGGAAAAAAUGGUCGCGUGACAAAGGAAGAUAUAUUGAAUUACGUGAAUAAUAUCGCAAGCCCAGAAACGGAAGACAAAAUUGUGCCCCUGACCAGCAUCCAGAAAUCAAUGUUCAAGGCUAUGACGAGAUCUCUUCAGAUUCCUCAUUUUGGAUACUGUGAUGAGUUUCUGUUGGAUAAUUCGAUCGCACACCGCAAUGCAGUCAACGAGUUUCUUGCUCAAUCCGAUCAGUUCCCGGUCAAAAAGAUAUCAUUCAUGCCAAUUUUCAUUAAAUCACUUUCUGUGGCUUUGCAACAAUUCCCGAUCCUCAACGCCUGUAUUGUUGACGGAAAUGAUCCUGAAACCGUGAAGAUAAAGUAUCGUAAGGCGCAUAAUAUCGGGAUUGCAAUGGAUACUCCUUGUGGACUAUUGGUUCCCAACGUGAAAAACGUGCAAACGAAAUCAAUUCUCGAUAUUGCAGGCGAUUUGCAACGUUUACAAGAGGCUGCCAAAAAGAAUGCUAUUUCUGUUGCCGAUUUCCAAGAAGGUACCAUAACAAUAUCAAAUAUAGGAGUUGUCGGAGGAUCAUAUCUCUCCCCGGUUGUCGUUACCUCCGAAUUAUGUAUUGUUGCGGUCGGCAAGAUCCAAAGAUUGCCGAGAUUUGAAACGUCUCGAGACGAAGUGACUGGUCACAUCACGGAAAAAGUGGUCCCCAAACAUAUUAUGCCUGUGAGCUUUUCUGCGGAUCAUCGCGUGGUAGAUGGGGCCACUGUCGCCAGAUUUUCGGAAGCAUGGAAAAUUCUUUUGGAAAACCCCGCACUAUUAUCGGCUGAACUGCGAUGA